AUUUAAUUCGAAAAUCGACUGUAGUUUCUUUUUGUCUUAGUUUUUGUUUCAUCAUCAAAUUCAUCAAAUUCAAUUAAUAUUUUCGUUAUUUCAAAAAUGAUUAGAGUUAAAUUCUCUCACGGUCUUUAUAUGAUUUGGAAUGCAAAUGAUGCUGUUGAAAUUCGUGAAAAAUAUCGUAUCAUUGGCAGUCUAAUUGGAACAUCACCCAUACAUCCACGUCAAAAUGAUAGCCAUGGUCUGCCAUUAAUUUUAUCGGAUGAAGAAGUUCGAACAUUACAUUCAAUUGGUGUAAUCGAAAUUAUUGAACAAUCAUUUCCCGCUAAACUAAAUGAUCCAAAAUUAUUAUCAUAUUAUAAUGAUUCAUUGAGAAAUUUUCGUGAAGAAAGCCGUCAAAAAUUUAUUGAAGAAAGACGUGAACAAAUCAUUUCAAAUUUAGAUAAAAUUGUUGCUGGUAAAUUGAAAAAAAAUAAAUUACAAAUUGAAGGCAGUGAUUUAGAAGAAUAUCGACAAAAAAUUCUUGAUGAAAUGCUUUCAAAUAUACGUGAACCAACGGAUAAAGAUCUAGAAGAUCGUGUACGUUUCCAUAUUCAAUCACAAUAUCAACAAUUCAAAAUGGAACAAACAAUUCAAUUACCAUUAUUGGAACCAUAUGGUUUAGAAAGAUUAAAAUAUCUAACAUUUCAACAUUUUUGGUCACGUGGUUAUUAUCUAACAAAUGGAUUGAAAUUUGGUGCCCAUUUUCUUGUUUAUGAUCAUGAUCCAAUAUUAUUUCAUGCAAAAUUUAUUGUAUAUUGUUGCCCAAACACCGAUGAUUUCGAACGUUUCAAACAGCGUAUGAUACAAGCAUAUGGACGUUUGGGUAAAAAUGUUCGAAAAAAUGUGAUCAUUGUACAUUAUGAACAACCAAUGAAUAGUGGUGGUGGUGGUGGUGAUGAUGAUGAAAAGAUCCAAUUGGAACACGUUCAAUGGAAUCCGAUGCUUUUCACCGAAGAACAACAACAUCAUGAUGCUAAUUCCAAUGAUAUUCAAUCAUAAUUUUGUUAAAUUUGUGAAAACAAUUAAUUUUUAAUCAUUCAAAUAAUACCAAAAAAAACAAUAAAAA